GGGAGCUUUUCCAACAAGAAAGAAGUAACCCCCCUCUAAAAACAACCAAAUCAGUCYCACUUCCGUUUAAAAAUCUMCUCCAAACUCACUUCCUGUUGRAGAAACAAAUAAUUUCAUGGAAAUACCAUGGAUUUAGGAGUAACAAGCGAGCUACGGGACCAAGAUUUGGAAGGAGAUGGCUCUACGUCGUCUGUCCUCGCUCAUGUCCUUGAUGUAAGCACUAAUGCUUCGACUGUUGUGAAUUCUACGUGUUAUACUAGUGGUCUAGCUGUACUAGCUCCAACUUUAGACGGCCAUGCGACUGUUACGUCUUUAGCGGGYUUYACUCUSAACACUUUUGAUGCAGUCGAUGUCAAACAGCAUGGCCAAGAUCACCAUGAUUUAGCAGUUGCUACUGUAGGCGUAGAUGGAAGGUUGCGAUUCACACCUGCCAGUCACUCAACACCAACAGAGUUUCAUCACACAGCUCAAGAACGACAGAAUCUGCCAACAUCUGAAUCUGACUUUGUUUCAGAUCUUUCUCAAGUGGAAAUACUAAGUGGAGGUGAUGGCGAUGAUAGGUUCGUCAGCAGUGAUGAUCUUCUCCAUGAUAGGCAAGCAGCUGUGCAAGUAGCAAUUCCAGACAAAACACCUAAAAAGAAAGGAGGAUGGCCUAAGGGUAAAAAGCGGAGGAAAACACUAAGAGAUGUAAACGCACCUAGAGCUCCCUUGACAGCUUAUGUACAGUUCUUAAAUAUCAAYAGAGAGAAAGUACGAUCUGAAAACCCAGAGUUACCCUUCCCUGACGUAACAAAGCUGCUUGGUGCUCAAUGGAGCAAAAUGACUCAAGACCAGAAACAGAAAUACCUUGAUGAGGCAGAAAGAGACAAAGAAAGAUAUGUUGCAGAACUAGAACGAUAUCAGCAAACUGAUACGUAUAAAGCUUUUCUAAAGAAACAAGAAGAAAGAAAAAGAAAAUGUACUGAGGCUACUGAAGGUUACUCUAAUGGAAUUGAGCUAUGCGAAGAAGACGACUUGUAUUGCAAGCCAUGUAAUCAGUAUUUCAAUAACUUACAUAACAAGAAAGAGCAUAUAUACGGGCGAAAACACCUUCAGACGGUUAAUGGUAAAACUGGCGAAGGCAACGAAGAAGAUGAUCUUCCUUCGUUUAAUAUUCCAAUAUUUACUGAAGAAUUCCUUGAUCACAAUAAAGUCAAGGAAAACGAGCUUCGGCAGCUGCGAAAAACAGCAACAGAAUACGAAGAUCAAAACUCCAUCCUGUCAAAGCACAUUGAAGAGAUGAAACAAGGCUUGGAAAAGAUCCAAGUMGAAUCUAAUACACAACGYACAACCAAUGAAUUGUUACAACAGCACUUGUACUCGCUACGGACGGUUUUAACGCUUGGAUUUCAAGACUUGCGGUUGCCCAGUACGGGUGAACUACCGUCAGACGAUUGUAUUGACAAUUAUAUGACUAAGCUGUAUUCUCUUAUCUUGGACUCUCCGCAAGAAAAUGAGGGAUUGAUUGGAAAUGUGAGGGAAAUUGUUUCUCGAUUAUGUUUUCAAAAUGAUGAUAAGAUUCUAACACCAACGUAGAAAAAUACCACGGAUGUAUGAUUGAAUCAUAAGAUUUGAUACAGAUUUACUACAAGGAGUUAAGCAUAAGCUUAAUUAACCUCCAGUCUUCAUCACUUUGGCGUUAGCACAGGAAGCCCACUAUUUGCAUGUAGUAGAGCCUUCAGGAGAUGGUGGGCUGUGGGUUGCUAAAGCAAUGUUACGAUGACGCCUCGGCUAAAAGCACUUCAUMUAUUUAUAGUGUAUAAGACAAUUUCGCGCCAUUUUGCCAUUAGGCAUCCUGUCUGGAACUCCAACUCCAAAUGUCGUGGAAAUACAUGUAAAAAUUGCCUAUGAUAGAGUGCAAACAACGUACCUAUGAAAGAGAUGCGAAUUCCCUUGUUUUCCAUUGUCUAUUUUACACUAUUUAUCGCUAUUGAGCACUGUUUGGUUCGUACUUUUUCACGCUUUAAAGUGAAAACACUUAAAGCAUGAAAUAGAGUGAUCGCACUUAAACCGUGAAACUGUGUACAAACUAAAUAGUGCUAUUUAAUUGUAUUUAGUAAAUCGUGCACGCGGUACGCAAAUUAAAUUGAAUUGAUACAAAUGAAGCAUUUGAUACCGUCUUGCUUGUGGUCCACUUUUAUUACAAAUUAGAACUACUUAAAUUUUGUACAGUUGCACGGUCUAAGUGCGAUCACUCUACRCAACCCAAAAAGUGCUAUACAGCGCUAUGUAGUGUAACUUAAACAACAACAACAAAAGAAAAGCGAGUUAAUUGACAUAAUUUAGUAGUAUUUCACAGGUAUAUUGUUUACGCUCGGUAACAGUAACAGAAGAAAUUAAAAUGUGGUCACAAAACGAUAAAUAAAUAAAUAUUAUAUUGAUG